UCACCACCGGGAGAAGUAGCUCAGGCCGUAAAGGAUGCCAUUGACGUUGGCUAUCGACAUAUUGAUGGUGCCCACGUGUAUCAAAACGAGCACGAAGUAGGCGAGGGUGUUAAUGCCAAGAUAAAGGAAGGAGUUGUCAAGCGUGAGGAUUUGUUCAUCACGAGUAAGCUGUGGAACACCUUUCACCGGCCGGAACUGGUGGAAGGUGCCUGCCGGACGACUCUGAAAAAUCUCAACCUGGAUUAUAUCGAUCUGUAUUUGAUUCACUGGCCGAUGGGAUACAAAGAAGGUGGAGAGCUGUUUCCAAGUGAUGCCAAUGGAAAAACCGCCUACUCCGAUGUUGAUUACGUGGAUACGUGGAAGGCUAUGGAAAAAUUGGUGGAAUUGGGCCUGACAAAAAGUAUUGGAAUUUCGAACUUCAACUCGAAACAGGUUGAGCGCAUUCUGGCCAUUGCUAAGAUAAAACCAGUAACGAAUCAAGUGGAGUGUCAUCCCUAUUUGGCCCAGUCUAAAUUGUCGGCAUUUUGCGUUAGUCGGGAUAUUGUCAUCACGGCGUACAGCCCACUGGGAUCGCCCAAUCGUCCUUGGGCAAAAGCUGGAGAUCCGCUACUGAUGGAAGAUCCAAAAAUUGUAGCCAUAGCUAAGAAAUACAACAAAACACCGGCCCAGAUUUUGAUUCGUUACCAAAUUCAGCGAGGUCAUGUCGUCAUUCCGAAGUCGGUCACCAAAGCUCGCAUUCAGUCGAACUUUGAUGUGUUCAACUUUGAGCUAACCCAAGAUGACCUAAAUCUUAUAACAUCUUUCGACUGCAACGGACGCCUGGUGCCUAUUAGCAGUGCUGCAGGCCAUCCUUACCAUCCUUUUGAAAAGGACGAGUUUUAGCUGUAUCGGAUGGAUCUAUGAGAUCUUGUUGAUUAAUGAAGAAAACUAUAAAUGAGAGGAAACAACACACACACAUUUUAGGAACGCACCUUCACUUUACUUGCAUUGGAAAUUAUAGUAAAAAUGUUCAGUUUCGAUGCUUAGAAUAAAAGUUCAAAUGCAA